AUGGCGAGGAGGCGAGCGCUGAGGCGCUGUUUGCAGCAGCUGUUGGCGCCCUCGGCGGAGCCGGCGCGGCGCGGCCGGGGGCGGUGGAAUCCGGGCGCCGGCCGCUGCGGCUCCUCAGGCAGCCCGGGGGCGCUGCGGUGGCAGCGGCAGCGCGCGCGCCCGGCCGCCCUCCGCGCCAGGUGGCUGCAACCUAAUUAUUUGAGCCAUCACUGCUGCCUCCCCGAGUCUGCAUUUUGGAGUUGGGCAGAGUGGACAGUGAGAGAGAGGGAGACAGCGAGAAAGGUCUUCCUUCUCCAUUGGUUCACCCCCCAGUGGCUGCUGCAGCUGGGGCACUGCGCUGAUCCGAAGCCAGGAGCCAGUUCACCAAAGGACAUGGAAGAAAGUGAAAGCAACCAAUCCCUGGUGCCAAGCAGCCAAUAUCCUAAGGAAGCCGUAAGAAAACGCCAAAAUGCAGCUCGGAAUUCUGGAGGAAGUGAUUCUUCUAGGUUUUCCAGGAAGAGCUUCAAGCUGGAUUACAGAUUAGAGGAAGACGUAACUAAGUCAGUGAGAGGAAGAGAUGGGAGAUUCGUUAAUCCUUGGCCAACGUGGAGAAACCUCUCCGUUCCGAAUAUCCUCAGGUGGCUAAUAAUGGAGAAGGAUCACAGCAGUGUUCCGUGCUCUAAAGAGGAACUUGACAAAGAGCUCCCAGUGCUUAAGCCAUAUUUUGUGGAUGAGCCCGAAGCAGCCGGAGUGAGGGAAGCUGGUUUGAGGGUCACGUGGCUGGGCCAUGCCACGCUGCUGGUGGAAAUGGACAACCUCAUCUUUCUCACGGACCCCAUCUUCAGCUCCCGCGCGUCCCCGUCUCAGUACGUGGGUCCAAAGCGGUUCCGGCGGCCCCCAUGCACCAUCGCCGAACUCCCCCCGAUCGACGCGGUCCUCAUCAGCCACAACCACUACGACCACCUGGACUACGGUUCCGUGGCGGCCCUCAACGAGCGGUUCGGGAACGAGCUGAGGUGGUUUGUGCCGCUGGGGCUCCUGGACUGGAUGCAGAAAUGCGGCUGUGAGAACGUGAUCGAGCUGGACUGGUGGGAGGAGAACUGUGUCCCCGGCCACGACGACGUCACCUUUGUCUUCACGCCUUCCCAGCACUGGUGCAAGAGGACCCUGCUGGACGAAAACAAGGUUCUGUGGGGCAGCUGGUCUGUCCUGGGGCCCUGGAGCCGCUUUUUCUUUGCCGGAGACACCGGUUACUGCCGCGCCUUUGAGGAGAUCGGAAAAAGGUUCGGGCCUUUUGACCUUGCAGCCAUUCCCAUCGGGGCUUACGAGCCAAGCAUUACUUAGACCCGCCAGGGAAACUGAGCGAAGCUCUGGAAAGAUACGGACUGAAGCGUGAAGAUUUUUUUGUCUUGAAGCAUGGAGAAUCAAGAUACUUAAAUACUGAUGAAGAAAACGUUGAAUAAAUAUAAGCAGAGGACUUUGAAAGGAAAAGGCAUCAUAUGAUAGAAGUUUGCAAAACAACGGAAAAGACUAAGAAGUUUAUGAAUAUUAUGCUUUUUUAAAUCUUUGGCAACAACUUCUACAAGUUUGUGUUUUAUGUCUUGUGUAAUAACUCGCUUACGCAUAUGAUGACUAGUUCAUAUAAACUACAACAGGCCAGGGGCAGGGCACUUAAAUAAUGAAUUGGCUAUGGAUGGUUUAAAGUGAUGUCAGCAUUGCAGAAAUUUGUCAUGAAAAACUAAAAAACAUUCAUUUUUCUGUCUUUUGAGACCUUUGAUAAAGUGAAUCAAGGCUGGCUGCCUACCUAGGGUUUUCAGGGGCCUACCCCCACAAAUAUCUUCCUUAUAUUUAUAUUAUAGUAAAUGAUAAAACCGAUUCCCACUUGCUUGUAAAUGUAGCUGUCCUUGCUCUAUCAAGAUUUACUUAUAUGCUAAAUAUUAAAUGACUUAUUUUGUUAAGCAUAAAAACAGGAGCUUGGGCUCAGUUGCCAUUUUUAAAGACAAUAUUUUUAUCGUGGUGAAACAUAUAUGUUUAUAUGUGUGUAUAGCAAAUUUUGUCACUGUCCCCAUUAUUCAGUAUAUAGUUCUUUGGCAUGAAGCAAAUUCACAUUCUUGUGAAGCCAUGACCACCAUGAACUUAACGUUUUUAAAGAGGGGGACGCAGUAUAUUCUAUUGCAUGCCUACAAUCACUAAAUCAAAAGCCCUCUGAUUUGGGCAGAGAAAGGGAAAGAGUGGUUAUAAAUACAUAAUUUAGGAAAAUUUUCUAUUUUUAACCUAAAAGUCAGGGCUUCUGCUAAGCACAAAUAUAGCUACACUGCAAUAUUUUAUAGAGAUAGAUGCAGAUCUUAAAUGUUAAUAGUCCAUCACCUUUGAAUUAAAUUUUAUUUUCUCUACAUACACUUGUUUUUGCUGAUCCCUUAGAGCUAACUCUAACACUUAACUCUAAAUAUAUCAAUAAGAUUUAUAAAUAUUUUGUUUUCCAUGAUUCAAAUGUCUUAUAUAUUUUUGUAUUAAAUGACUUCUAAGUACCUUUGUAGCUUUUAUUAAGUCAGUAUGGAAUACCACCAGUGGCAUAAAAGGAUGGUGAUUCUGGGAGUUAGCUGACCCAAGUUUCAGGCCUAAUUCCCGAGAUUUCUCAGGACCUUCUCUAGGGAGGGGACUGGAUCAGAGACUAUGGGAUGCCUGUUCUAUGUUUCUGAUCCAUAGACUCAGUGAAGUGAACUUUAUUCAUACAAAGUAAUCCAGUUAAGUUUUCUACAUUACAUGCUGCCCAGGCAGUGCUCUGUAACUUGAUUUCCUUGCACGUACAUGCACAUGCCACUUGUUAGCCAGUAAGUAAGAAUGUUAGUCCGACUUCCAUUUCAUUGUCCAUGUUCUGCAUUACCUGAAACAAGUCACUGUGCUCACUAUGCCUCGGUCUCCUCCUGUGCAACAUGAGGAUGACCCUGACCUACCUCCAAAAAAUGUGUAGAAUAAACAAUAAAGUAAUUUUUAAAAAGCACUUUAGAAAUAUAAGGGAGAAAAUAACUUCUUAAGAUAUCACUGCCUAAUUUACUGAUAUUUGAUUUGAAAGCUAAAAGUAGGCUAAUGCUUUGAUUGUCUAUUGUUCCUGUUACAGAUAUUACCACAGAUCUUAGGACACUUAACAUUGAAGAGCAACAGCUUUACCCCACUCAUUUUGUAAACCCGGAGAGUAAUAGCCAAAAUCAAUGUAAAUGGCCUUUAUCAAAACUAA